UUUAGUCACUUUUAUCAUCCUCCCCAGUUAUAACAUAACCUAAAACGCAUCACCUUUCAUUUUCAUCUCAACGGUAAGAACAAAGUUUUAUACUUUCCCUAUUUUAUAAGAUAAACGUUCCUUGACCUUGUGGACGACUAGACCAGUCCACUGUCCCGCCGGCCGGCGAGCAAACCGGCUAGUAGACUUGCUACAUUAACAUAAACAACUUUAUAGUUCAACACAAUCUACUAAACACAUUCCGAUUGCCACCCGACCGAGAACGACGCAUCAUGAAAUCGUUCAUACAAUACUCUCCAGAGUCAGAUUUUCCUAUCGAAAAUCUACCCUAUGGCGUCUUCACAUCUCCUAAUAAUAUCGAGAAACACAUUGGCGUGGCGAUCGGAGAAUUGAUUCUUGAUCUGAAUGUGAUUUCCCAUCUAUUUGAUGGACCUCUGUUGAAAUCUAAACAGAAUGUUUUUAAGGAGGAGAAACUCAAUGCCUUCAUGGCCCUCACGCGGCCACACUGGCAGGAAGCGAGGGCCACCAUACAGAAACUGCUGGAUGCUUCAAACCCUACACUACAGAACGACAGUGAUCUAAGACAAAGAGCGUUCGUGAAACAGAGCGAUGCACAAAUGCACGUUCCCGCUGAGAUCGGAGACUACACCGACUUCUACUCCUCGCUGCAUCACGCCACCAACGUCGGCAUCAUGUUCCGAGGGAAGGACAACGCGCUGUUCCCUAAUUGGAAGCAGCUUCCAGUCGGUUACCACGGCCGCAGCAGUUCUAUCGUCAUUUCUGGAACUCCCAUCGCGAGACCAUACGGACAAACUUUACCCGUUGAAGGCGCCGACCCUCACUUCGGUCCCUCUCGUCUGAUGGACUUCGAGUUAGAGAUGGCCGCCUUCGUCGGCGGACCUCCCACCGCACUCGGACAGAGGGUCACUGCCAAGGAGGCCGAGGAUCGCAUCUUUGGACUUGUACUUAUGAAUGAUUGGAGUGCUCGUGACAUUCAGAAAUGGGAAUACAUUCCCCUGGGUCCCUUCACGGCUAAGAACCUGGGCACCACCAUAUCGCCAUGGAUCGUCACCAUCGAAGCUCUGCGGCCCUACGUAGUGGACAACUUCCCUCAGGACCCAACACCCUUCGCGUACUUACGUCAUGAUGAUAAAUUUAACUUCGAUAUCAAGUUGGAGGUCGAUUUGAAGCCGGAGAACUACCCAGCAGCCACAACCAUCUGCCGGUCGAACUAUCGGUUCCUGUAUUGGACGGUGAAACAACAACUGGCGCAACAGACCGUCACUGGGUGCAACCUGAGGCCUGGAGACUUGCUGGGCUCCGGAACUAUUAGUGGAGAGGCAUCAGACUCCUUCGGUAGCAUGUUAGAACUAUCCUGGAAAGGUACAAAGCCACUGCGACUUCUGUCAGGCGAAGAAAGGAAGUUCAUCCAAGAUGGAGACACCGUCAUACUUCGAGGAUACUGCGUCAAUGAAAAUGGAGCCAGAAUCGGCUUCGGAAAAUGCGAGGGAAAACUCCUUCCUGCCAUACCUUUUGAUGAUUGAUUGUCAACCUUAUGAACACUGAUUUGUAUAACAUGUUUUGGAUAUAUUAAAUGUUUUACAUUUA